AGUUAACAAUCUCAAGAAGUCUCAAAGGAGCCAAAGAAGUUGCAUAUUCUGCUGCCAUGGGUGCUGCUGCAGCUAUUGUUAGAAACAUGAAUGCAUUAGUCGGCCCGGGCGUGAUGCUUCUGUACCCUCUGUAUGCAUCGAUGAGGGCUAUAGAGAGCCCUUCGACGCUGGAUGACCAGCAGUGGCUCACCUAUUGGGUUCUCUACUCCUUCAUAACCCUGUUUGAGUUAUCCUUUUGGCAAGUCCUACAAUGGUUUCCAUUCUGGACAUUCAUCAAGCUUGUGUUCUGUCUGUGGUUGGUUCUGCCAAUUUUCAAUGGAGCAGCUUAUAUAUACGAGAAGUAUGUGAGGAGAUAUGUGAAAGUUGGGGGUCUGGUAAACACAAACUACCCCGAGACACAGAGGAAGGCUCUCCAGAUGAUGAGCCUUGAUGCCAGGAAAUCUGUGGAGAGGUUCAUAGAUACCUAUGGACCAGAUGCAUUCGACCGAGUGGUCAAAGCGGCUGAAAAAGAGGCAAAGAAAAUGCACUGAAGACAAAAGAGUGCAAUUAGAGCUUCAGUUCAAGAAGAUAACUGUGGAAAACUGGAAAUGUAUGGUUGAGAUAGGUGUGUGGUCUAUUUGUGAGUGUGUGAUUCUGUAAAGAUUAGAAACAAUAUAGCUAUACAUUUAAUGGGUACAAAAUUCAGUCGUUUCACAAAGA